AUCUCGUGGGCCAGAGUUGAGAACCUCUGCACAAGGUUAUUCUGGGUGAUUGCUUGGGUUUUUCUACUGUGUGGACGAGCGAGAGUGUUGCCGUGAAGGAGAGGGAGUUGUCCCUGCUGUUAGCCAGGAUCAGGGAUGAAGUGGUGGUCAGUGUUCAGCGGUGGGAGCGUCUGCAGGGUGAGAAGGCCCAACUGGAGCAGAGUUUUGAGCGGGAGCUGAAAGGACUACAAGAGGAGCAACAGCAGGAGCUCAAGGCCCUGCAGGAGAGACUGGUAGAGGAGGUCACCUCCGAGAUACAGCGACUCCGGCAACAGCAGAACAGCCACCUAGUGCAGCUGCGUUCCCAGCACCAGGAACAGAUCGAGGAAAUGAGUGAAAACCAUGAGAGGGCCAUGAUGGAGAUGGAAGCGACCCAUGGUGCCACGUUGGCCACUUUACAGGAAGAACACACCAGAACCAUCAAGAACCUGAAGAUGGCACAUGAGCAGCAAAAGAAGUCAAUGGAAGAGGAAUUUGAGAAGCUCAGACUCUCACUACAGGAUCAGGUGGACACCUUGACAUUUCAGAACCGUGCUCUGCGAGACCGGGCCAAGCGCUUUGAAGAAGCACUGCGCAGAAGCACAGAUGAGCAAAUGGUGGAUGCUCUUGCUCCGUAUCAGCAUAUCGAAGAGGACCUGAAGAGUCUUAAAGAGGUUCUGGAGAUGAAGAAUCAACAGAUUCAUCAACAGGAGCUCAAAAUUUCAGAGCUGGAAAAAAUGGCCCAAAAGAAUGUUAUGCUGGAGGAGCGUAUUCAGGUGUUACAGCAGCAAAAUGAAAACCUGAAGGACAGGAUUGACCGCAACCUUGCCAUGUCCAGGCAACUGUCAGAGGAAAAUGCCAACCUGCAGGUGAACGUUGAGAAAGAGAGCAACGAGAAGAAACGACUGAGUCGCACCAAUGAAGAGCUGCUGUGGCGUCUUCAAUCGGGCGAGUUGAGUCCUCGAAUGUCUCCCACCCAGUCGCCCCUUCAUCGACCAGCCUCUAGUCCAGUUUCACCCUCCCGACAACAGCCCUUCCCUAGAUGAGUGUCCAGUUCUCCGUCUCAAACACUAUUAUUUUUUUCCCUUUCUUUAUCUUUAACUCAUGUUUCUCAUUGUGGAUUCUGAUUGGAUGGAACAGAGGAUGCUCUCACACCUCUGACAUCAUAGAUGGUGGCCAUAGCGCUUUCGGUUUCAUCAUGCCAAUGUUACUGUAUUAGUUAGUUGAUACAGUGGUCAGGGUUUGAGUUGUAGCGUGACUGAACAAAAUAGUCGAAGGCAUGUACGUAAUUAUGUAAAUAGUUCACCCAAAAAUGUAACAUUCUAUCAUAAUUUACUUAUUCUGAACCUGCAUGACUGACUUUCUUAUGUGGAGCAUAAAUGGAGAAAUGUAAAAAAAUUGUCAUUGUUCUUUUUCGUGCAAUUACAAUGAAUAGGGACUGAAGCUUUUAAGUUUUAAAAGGAUGCAUGAAAGUCAAAUUUAAGUAAAUUGUUAUACUCCGCCUACAGUGUGACUGGAUAGUUGAAUCAGUGAGUUGAUCUCUAACUAAAUCAGUCUGAUUCAUGAAGAAUCAAUCGGGUUCAAGAAUCAAUCAACAUUCUAAGCCAAUUAUGGUUGAAAGUUCCAUCUUUAUCAGCAUAGUUCAACGAUUCAGCAUUUGCAUUUGAAACUGCAGUUCUAACAAAUGUUCGCAAACGGCAUCAUAAAGUUGUUUGGUUGGAACUACAGCCUUCAACCUGUGAUUAGGAUUGUGAUUAGUAAAUUUUUUU